UGGUGGAUCCUAGUUGAUGACAGCAACAGCACAAAACGGAACGCUCACUCUUUUUCUCUCUUUCUCUCUCUCUCUCUCUCUCUCUCUCUCUUAGUAUUAUUGCGAUUUGAAGUUACGUUUUUUUUUUUUGGUUAUUAUGAAAAUCGAUAGAAGGUAUUUCUUUCUAAAUACAUUUUUUGCCUUCUUAAAUAUUGUAUCUACGCAACAAAGAGGGAAAUGUGGAAUUGGAGAAUUUCAAUGUCAUGAUGGAGAGUGUAUAGCAAGCGAAUUUUUGUGCGAUGGAGUAGCAAAUUGUAAAGAUCAAUCCGAUGAAACACAGUCUGAAUGUUCUAAACCUCAAUUAGUAUGCUCGCCAUAUGCAUUUAGAUGUAAUUAUGGUGCUUGUAUUGAUGGCGAUCUAACGUGUAAUGGAAUACGAAAUUGCAUUGACAACAGCGAUGAAACAUUGGAUUCAUGUUCGAAUAACUUGUAUAAUACUACAACCUCCGUAAAGUGUUCCAUAAAUCAAUUCCGAUGUAAUAAUGGUGAAUGCAUCGAUGCAGUAAAACUGUGUGAUGGUAAAGUUGAUUGUAAAGAUAGCUCUGAUGAAACAUCUUCUGCAUGUGAAUCAAUGAACUGUGAACCGUAUUUAUUUCGUUGCAACUAUGGUGCUUGCAUAGAUGGUGAUUUAAUGUGCAAUGGUAUAAUAAAUUGUGCGGAUGGAUCAGAUGAGGAUAAAAAAUUGUGUUCAAAUAUGACUACUACUACUACUACUACUACUACAUCUAUACCAUUUAUACCUCCUUCAAGGGGUACGACAUCGACACUUCCCCCUUGGAAUCCGUCACAAUCAAAUUAUUGUUUAGUACCUCCACAGCCAGCAAAUGGUAAACGAAAAUUACAUAAAUCGCAAUGCCAAACAGAAGAAAAUUGUGAUGUGCAAGAAGGUGUACAACUAUCCAAGGGGGCUUAUUUGAUUUAUACCUGUAAUUCUGGUUAUAAAAUAAGUGGUUCCUCUGAUGUAUUUUGUGGUCCAGAAGGAAAAUGGUUAAAUAUACCAAUUUGUUCUGAAAUACGUUGUAAAUCAUUGGCUUCAGCAUCAACAAAUGCUAAAUGUACAUAUAAUGGUCAAUGGACAAUUUGUGAAUCUCCCGUUUUGCCUGGAACAGUAGCAACAUUGAAUUGUCGCAACAGCUAUCGUGAAGAUACGAUAUUUUUAUCAAGACAAAGAGAUCAAGUUACAUGUAACGAAAGAGGUCAAUGGGAACCAGAACCAUUACAAUGUAUUCCAGUAUGCGGAGUUGUUACUCCAAACGCAAAACCUCUCAUUGUACAUGGCGGUGCUGCUAAUAUUUCUCUAUUUCCAUGGCAUGCUACUUUAUAUGAAACAAAAAGUCUAGAUGGACCAAAGGAAUUUAUUUGUGGAGCGACAAUUAUAAAAGAGAAUUUCCUUAUUACGGCAGCUCAUUGUGUUUUUGAUGAAACGAAUAACAGAGUAAAUGAUCCAAAAAGAUAUUAUAUAGCAACUGGAAAUAUUUUUCGUGAUUAUGAUUAUGCGUUACACGAUCCACGUUUCGUUAAAAAGGCUAAGGUGAAAAGCAUUUAUGUCAAUUGUAAUUAUUUAGGCUUAGAAGGAAAUUAUGCUUGGGACAUAGCUCUCUUAGAGAUUGAUGUGCCAUUUGUAUUCUCAGCUUUGUUAUUACCAGCAUGUUUGGAUCAAUCUUUUAUUGAAUCUGGACAAGGGGUUGUUGCAGGAUUCGGUAGAACUGCCUUAGGGCCAUCAAGUUUUAUUUUACAAUCCGUAACACUUCCAUAUGUUCCUCUUAAUCAAUGCAAAUCUGUAGGAAAUACUGUACAAUCUGAGAAAUUUAUAACAAUUGACAAAUUUUGUGCUGGUUAUACAAAUGGAACAUCUGUAUGUGAUGGCGAUAGUGGUGGAGGAUUGGUAUUUCAAACUGGAAAUUUGUGGUUUUUAAGAGGUAUUGUUAGUAUCGGACUUGGUGAAACGCUAUCGGGUGGUAUUAGAAGUUGUGAUAGUCACUCAUAUUCUCUUUAUACACGUAUCUCCAGUCACAUAAGCUGGAUUCAAGAUAUUACUUUCAGAUUAGAAACAUCUAAACCCAUUCCCUCAUGUCGUAGUUCAAGUUCUUAUAUAUUUACAUAAAUUAAUAAUAAAAUAAAGUACUGAUUUUAUAUAAUCCAUUAGUUGUUAAUUCCUACAAUAAAGCAAUAAAUUGGAUACAUUAAAAAA